AUUUGUGAUAAAGAAUGGCAUUACUACGUUGUCAAUGUUGAGUUUCCUGUUGUUACAUUAUACAUGGAUGGAACAACAUAUGAACCUUACCUUGUGACCAAUGAUUGGCCUAUCCACCCUUCACACAUAGCCAUGCAGCUCACAGUUGGUGCUUGUUGGCAAGGAGGUGAAGUCACCAAGCCCAGGUUUGCUCAGUAUUUCCACGGCAGCCUGGCCAGUCUUACUAUCCGGCCAGGCAAAAUUGAGAGUCAGAAAGUGAUUUCCUGUUUGCAGGCCUGCAAGGAAGGUCUGGAUAUUAAUUCUCUUGAGAGUCUUGGCCAAGGAGUAAAGUAUCACUUCAAUCCUUCCCAGUCAGUCCUUGUCAUGGAAGGAGAUGACAUUGAGAAUAUAAAUCAAGCUCUCCAAAAGGUCUCAUACAUCAACUCUAGACAGUUUCCUACUGCAGGUGUACGACGUCUCAAAGUCUCAUCUAAAGUCCAAUGUUUUGGUGAAGAUGUCUGCAUUAGUAUCCCAGAUAUAGAUGCAUAUGUAAUGGUGUUUCAGGCCAAUGAGCCCAAGAUUACAAUAAGUGGGAUGGACCACUUUGCUAGACCAGCUGCACAAUUUGAAAGUGAAAGAGGUGUUAUUUUGUUACCUGACAUCAGGAUUGUCAGCACAGUCACUAAAAUGGAGCAUCCUGUGGACUUAAAAGAACAUGACAGAGCCAAUAAGCCAGUGGUACUAGAGGAAAUGCUCCACAACUUGGAUUUCUGUGAUAUUUUGGUCAUUGGCACAGAACUAGAUCCUGAACAAGAGUGUUUAGAACUAGAUCAUGUGGAGCUUCAAGGAAAACAUCUAGAUGCCACAAAUUCCACAGCAGGAUACUCAAUCUAUGGUGUGGACAGCAUGCACAACUAUGAACAGGUUCUUCGUCAGAUUCGAUACCGUAACUGGUACGCUUCUGCCACCUUUGACAGAAAGUUCAGAGUCAAGUGCUCAGAGCUAAAUGGACGUUACACCAGCAAUGAAUUUAACUUGGAGGUUAAUAUUCUACACAGCUCCAACUCCAACUUCAUGGACCGUGUAAAUCAUGUGAUAGUACAACCACAAUUUCUCCAAUCUGUCCACCACCCAGAGGGAAGCACAAGUGCUGUUCACAACUCAGUUGUUCCAAGCGUGGCUACUAUCGUUAUCAUAAUCUGUGUGAGCAUACUCAUUUUUAUCAUAACCUUGGGGGUCUAUCGAAUUCGGACAGCUCAUCAGCACGGCUCUGCAGACAAUGAAGGAAAUAAAGAAAAUGAAAUGGAUUGGGAUGAUUCUGCUCUGACUAUUACCGUCAACCCCAUGGAGAAAUAUGAAAAGCCUCAUCAGACAGAAGAGGAGAGUGAGGAAGAAGACAUAGAAGAUGAAGAGGAAGACACGACCAGUGCUGAAUCAGAUGAAAGUGAAGAGGACGAAGAGGAGGAGGAGGAAGAGGAAGUGAUUGUCCAAAAGGGAGACAAACAGAAUGCCACCAGGCAAGAGCAGUUGGAGUGGGAUGAUUCAACACUCCCGUACUAA